AUGGAUGUCUUCCUUGACGUUCUUGACACUUUCGUGUUUGAUCGAUUCUAUGCAUCUAUCGCUCCUGAUCAUUUCACCGGAGCUAAUAACUCCACUUUAUUUGCCCAAGAAUCCAACUUGAAUCGGCAUGUGAGGGUUUAUUAUCCCCUGGAACCAUCGCAAUGGGCAGAGUCCAGUGUUUGGAAGCGUGAUGAUCUCGCCAGACAGUCGUUUUCUUUGUUUCUGAUCGCAUGGAUCUUUGCCAUGAUCAUGUACCUCGUUGGAAGUUUCAUUCUAUACCACACAAUGUUCGACAAGCGAUUACUUAAACACCCGCGAUACCUCCCGAACCAAAUUCAACUCGAGAUUAAACAGGGACUAUCGUCAAUUCCAGUCAUCUCAAUUCUUACCGUGCCCUUUUUCCUUGCUGAAAUACGGGGGUGGUCCAAACUAUACGAUUUCUCUAGCGAGGCUCCGUUCUGGGGCUACACCUACCUCCAGUAUGCACUGUUCAUCUUCUUCACGGAUAGUGGUAUCUACUGGAUUCACCGGAGCGAGCAUCACCCUAGUGUUUACCGCUGGCUACACAAGCCGCAUCAUAAGUGGGCUGUUCCGACUCCCUUUGCCAGCUAUGCCUUUCACCCACUGGACGGUUGGGCGCAGAGUCUCCCCUACCACAUAUUCCCGAUGCUAUUUCCUCUUCAGAAGUGUGCAUACCUGGGACUAUUUGCAUUUGUGACAAUGUGGACUGUGUUUAUUCACGAUGCCGAGUACAUGGCAUCAUCAGUCAUUAUAAAUGGAGCCUCGUGUCACACGAUGCAUCAUUUGUACUUCAACUACAACUAUGGACAAUUCCUCACAUUCUGGGACCGCGUAGGAGGAACAUAUCGCACACCGAAGGCCGACGCCUUUAUGGAGGCAAAUGAAAAGUCUGCACUGGCGCUGAAGAAGAAAGCCUGA